AUGUAUCCACUAAGCCCUAGAAAUUGUUUUGGUACGAAUCAAAACUCAAGAGUUGCGUCCAGUGAAAUAAUAUCCGGUUUAUCAUGCGCCUAUCCGAACUCAUCAAAUGAAUCUUUUAUUAAUAUAAAGGAUGAGAAUAACUCUAUUUCAUCGGAAUUUGCUCCAAUCAAAGUAAAAUUGAAUAUUAAUAGAUCAAAUUCUAAUAUUAGUGAAGGGCCAGAUAACAAUAGAACUGCAUUCAAACGAACCACUACUAACGAAUCUCAUGAGUUAAACUCCAAAAAUAAAGAUGAAAUUUUCAACAAUAAGUUAACAAAUAAUAUUUUUUUAGACAGUUUUGUUGAAAAAAAUGUUCCAAAUUGCGAGUUCCAGAUAGAAUCUUAUGCUAAUUUAAGUAGAGAACUAAGUAGAGAACAGCUUUAUAAAAUAAUUUACCAAAAGCACGAUGAGUUACAACAAAUGAAACUUCAGCUUAAUGAGGCAAAAAUGAAAGAAUUGAAUUUAGUAAAAAACUAUGAGCUUAGUAUUGCAAAGCAAAAUGAACUUAAAACUAUUAAUUCAAGUUUGGAAAACCUAGUAAAUCAAUUAAGAAAUAAAAAAAAUCAUCAAGUUAACUCUAUUACAAACUAUCUAAAACUAGAAAAUUUCAAUAACAUAAUCUUUGAAAAAUUGGAUAAUUUAUGUCUAUCUAUUGCAAAAUUGAAAGAAUUUGCUUCAUCGUUAACUAAUGAAGAUACAAUUAAUGUAAACGAAAUCAAACAACUAAAAACUACCAUAGAUCACCUUAAUUCCCACAAAGAAAUAAAUAGUGAAAUAGAGUACGUAAAAAAAGAAAGACAACAACUUAUUCAUCUAAUAACUGCUUUAUCUUCAAAUACCAAUUUCUAUAUAGACAAUCACUUUUGUGACAACGAAUUAAGGAAUGAAAAUGUCAAACAAAUUAAUGUUAGUUUAUGUGAUCAAAUACAGAUACUUGAAUUUAAGUUAAAGCGGCUAAAUGAAAUACAUAGAAAGAAGUUAUCUAAAAUAAAAAAUAUGAUAGAAAUACUUGAAAAAUCGGAAGGUCUUUCAAGUCCAAUGCUUCAAGAAAUCAAAGAUGAAAUCAAUUUUAUAACUUAA